GCCAGGGGCGGGGACGCGGGGCGGCGGGCGUGGCCGGAGUCGCGCGCAGCUGGCGCGCGGUCCCGAGUGAAAGGAGAAGGAGGGGCGCUGGGGGUGACGGUGCGGAGCCGCUGCCAGCGCUGGGCGAGAGUCGGCGGCCGGAUCCGAGGAGCAGGCGGGCCUGAGGCCGAGUCAGCUGCGCGGGCCCCCGGAUACCCCGACCGAGCGGCGGCGGUGUCUGGCCAGGCGGUAGGCGCUGCCUGGCCGCGGCGGGGAAGAUGUUCAGCGUAGAGUCGCUGGAGCGGGCGGAGCUGUGUGAGAGCCUCCUCACUUGGAUCCAGACAUUUAAUGUGGAUGCACCAUGCCAGACCGUGGAAGAUUUAACGAAUGGGGUUGUGAUGGCCCAGGUUCUUCAAAAGAUAGAUCCUGCAUAUUUUGAUGAAAAUUGGCUAAACAGAAUCAAAACUGAAGUAGGAGAUAAUUGGAGGCUAAAGAUAAGCAAUUUAAAGAAAAUUUUAAAAGGAAUCUUGGAUUAUAAUCAUGAGAUUUUAGGACAGCAAAUUAAUGACUUUACCCUUCCUGAUGUGAACCUUAUUGGGGAGCAUUCUGAUGCAGCAGAGCUUGGAAGGAUGCUUCAGCUCAUCUUAGGCUGUGCUGUGAACUGUGAACAGAAGCAAGAGUACAUCCAAGCCAUUAUGAUGAUGGAGGAAUCUGUUCAACAUGUUGUCAUGACAGCCAUUCAAGAGCUGAUGAGUAAGGAAUCUCCUGUCUCUGCUGGAAAUGAUGCCUAUGUUGACCUUGAUCGUCAGCUGAAGAAAACUACAGAGGAACUAAAUGAAGCUUUGUCAGCAAAGGAAGAAAUUGCUCAAAGAUGCCAUGAAUUGGAUAUGCAGGUUGCAGCAUUGCAGGAAGAGAAAAGUAGUUUAUUGGCAGAGAAUCAGGUAUUAAUGGAAAGACUCAAUCAAUCUGAUUCUAUAGAAGACCCUAACAGUCCAGCAGGAAGAAGGCAUUUGCAGCUCCAGACUCAAUUAGAACAGCUCCAAGAAGAAACAUUCAGACUAGAAGCAGCCAAAGAUGAUUAUCGAAUACGCUGUGAAGAGUUAGAAAAGGAGAUCUCUGAACUUCGGCAACAGAAUGAGGAACUGACCACUUUGGCAGAUGAAGCUCAGUCUCUGAAAGAUGAGAUCGACGUGCUGAGACAUUCUUCUGAUAAAGUAUCUAAACUAGAAGGUCAAGUAGAAUCUUAUAAAAAGAAGCUAGAAGACCUUGGUGAUUUAAGGCGACAGGUUAAACUCUUAGAAGAGAAGAAUACCAUGUAUAUGCAGAACACUGUCAGUCUAGAGGAAGAGUUAAGAAAGGCCAACGCAGCGCGAAGUCAACUUGAAACCUACAAGAGACAGGUAGUAGAACUACAAAAUAGAUUAUCCGAAGAAUCAAAGAAAGCAGAUAAACUAGAUUUUGAAUAUAAGCGGCUAAAAGAAAAAGUUGACAGUCUGCAAAAAGAAAAGGACAGGCUGAGAACAGAAAGGGAUUCUCUGAAGGAAACGAUUGAAGAGCUUCGUUGUGUACAAGCUCAAGAAGGGCAGCUCACAACUCAAGGGUUAAUGCCUCUUGGAAGUCAGGAGUCUUCAGACAGUCUAGCUGCAGAGAUUGUUACACCUGAAAUCAGGGAGAAACUUAUCCGGCUUCAGCAUGAGAAUAAGAUGUUAAAGCUUAACCAAGAAGGUUCGGACAAUGAAAAAAUAGCCUUAUUGCAGAGCCUUCUAGAUGAUGCAAAUCUACGCAAGAAUGAACUGGAGACAGAGAAUAGGCUGGUGAAUCAAAGACUUCUGGAAGUACAGUCACAAGUUGAAGAAUUACAAAAAUCUUUACAGGAUCAAGGCUCAAAAGCAGAAGAUUCAGUCCUUCUAAAAAAGAAGCUUGAAGAACAUCUAGAGAAGCUGCAUGAAGCCAAUAAUGAACUACAGAAGAAGAGAGCCAUUAUUGAAGAUCUCGAGCCAAGAUUUAACAACAGCUCCUUAAAAAUUGAAGAAUUACAAGAAGCUUUACGAAAGAAAGAGGAAGAAAUGAAGCAAAUGGAAGAACGAUACAAAAAAUACUUAGAGAAAGCCAAAAGUGUCAUCCGUACUUUAGAUCCUAAACAGAAUCAAGGAGCAGCACCAGAAAUACAAGCUCUUAAAAAUCAGCUCCAGGAACGAGACCGACUGUUCCACUCAUUAGAGAAAGAAUAUGAGAAAACAAAGAGUCAGAGAGAGAUGGAAGAGAAAUAUAUUGUUAGUGCCUGGUACAAUAUGGGAAUGACUCUGCAUAAAAAGGCAGCUGAAGAUAGACUGGCAAGCACAGGCUCAGGGCAGUCGUUUCUGGCGAGGCAGAGGCAAGCAACCAGCAGCAGAAGAUCAUACCCAGGCCACGUGCAGCCGGCCACAGCAAGGUAGAGAAGUCGUGCCCCUCAAACACAGAUACCUGCACCCACAGCAUACUUCUGUUACACACAACAACAUUUCAGGAAACUCAGCCAGCUUAUUUUUUGUUUCUCUUCUAUGUCAGUACUUAGUGUUUCUCAUUUUGAGGACUUUUUCUCUCUCCCAUAUCUUUGUUUUAGUUUCUUCGGUUUUUGUAGUCCUUUCAGUUCUUUUUAAUGUGCCAAAAAUUUGUACAUGUUCAAUUAAAAAUGUUGUAUAAUAGUGUAAUACUUUUCUUUAUAUGAAAAUGUCCUCUUCCUCAAAGGUGUAGGCUUUGUAAUGAAUUAGAUUUUCUGCCAAUAAUUGAUAUACAAUUUAUAUUCUUUAUUGUGCCUGUGUGUUACCAUGCUUUAUAAGAAUGUCUUUGUUUAAAGGGAAUUAAUCUUUUUAUGAUGUAUUAAUCUGUGUUUUCAAUUGUUUUCCAAGUACAGUUCAAAUAACUUGCAUAUUUACUAUACAAAAUGGUUGACAAGUGUUCUUUUUGCAAAGACGUGAAUACAUUGGCAGAGUUGCUAAUCACAUCUUCCCUAAGGCACCUGGUAGAAUUAUUUGAGGAAAAAAUGAGUUUUCACAUUGUUUUAUAGGAAAUUAAAUUUGUCCAAAGAUUUGGAGACUAUUUUUAAAACAUAAAUACAUAAAAUUUCAUUAUUUCCUGCCAUCUUGUUUGCUGGCAGAAGUGAAUGUUUGGUGAGGUUAUUUUGGGAUAAAUUACAAAAGAAAAAAAAUCAGGCACUGCAUUAAUUUCUUGUUCUUUUGGAAUAUCUUAGUAACUGAGGAUCAUUGUCUAGCAAUGUGGUUGACAUACCUUCAGUUGCUUUCCACAUCUAAAAGAGUUAUCUUUCAUAUAUGUACAAGUUAUUGGUAGUCUUAUUUUUGGGCUGUUUGUUGACUUAUGCCCCAUUUGUUUUACUUGUUCUUUAAUAUAAACCCUUCCAUUUUUUAACAAUUCCUAACACUUGACAUCUUAAUGUCAGUCACUAACAUUAGUAACUUCUUGUAUGUUAUAUUAUGGCAGACCUCUUUAUGUUUUUUCUCACAUCUAUCUGCUAGUCCAGGAAUUUGUUACUAAAUAGAUUUUCUUGGGUAUUUGGUUGCCUCAAAGUGCUUACAUUUGUUAACAGACUGUAAACCACAUUUAUUUACAUUGAUGAAUGGGCUGUUGAGUAAUCAUUGUAAAGCACUUUGUAUAUAUAAGGUGCUAUAUAAGUGUGAAAUAUCAUUCAUUUAAAAAUGAAAUGCCUUCUAACUUUCCAUAUUGACUUAUGUAUUUGGUCCCAAAUUAUAUUUAAGUCUUUUUUCUUGCAAUAUAGCCCAUUUUUUGAAAGCAAAAAAUUUCUGAAAUUAGGUCAUGGUAUUUUUUGUUUAUUUUUAGGUUAGGUCACUUAAUAUAGGAGAAUGUUUUCUCAUGUACUUGCUAUUUGCAAGUUCAGGUUUCAUUUAGUUCUUUAUGUUAAAUACGAAUAAGUAACCUCAAAUCAAGCUAAAUGUAAUUAAGAAUUUUCAGAAACUAUAUUCAAGUGUUUGAUUUUUAAAUUCUUUCUUACUUUUUAAUAAGAAAGAUGACCUAAAAAUCAGUAGUAUUUGUUUGUCCUCAGAAGCCAUAGUCGAAGAAAGAUACUGGAGUAUACACAGAAGUGGAGCCAUACAUUGUGCUAAUUUUUUACGUUAAGUACAGAAGUCUGAGCACAGCAUGAAUGCUUCUGCCUGACAAGACCACAAAGCAGCAAAAGCUGGGGAUAAAUGGAGAUAGCCAUGAGUAGAACUGCUGUAGGGCUUCAGGAGGCUACGCAGACCUGAUCACCUGGAAAGUUUCCAAAGUAAAAGAUAAAAAACUUUCAGAUGGUUCUUACCUCUACCCAUAUUUCACAAAUAGCCUGAAGAUCCAACUAUUUUUAAAGCAAAUUGGGGCCAGACGUGGUGCCUCACGCCUGUAAUCCCACCAUUUGGGAGAUCUAGGCGGGGGUGGAUCACUUGAGGUCAGGAGUUUGAAACCAGCCUGGCCAACAUGGUGAAACCCCAUCUCUACUAAAUUACAAAAAUUAGCUGGGCAUGGUGGCAUGUGGCUGUAAUCCCAGCUACUUGGUAGGCUGAGGCAGGAGAGUCACUUGAACACAGGAGCCAGAGACUGCAGUGAGCUGAGAUCGCACCACUGCAUUCCAGCCUGGGUGACAGAGUGAGACUCUGUCUCAAUCAAUCAAUCAAUCAAUCAAUCAAUCAAAUUGGGAUAUGAGCACUGACCUUGGUAAGUUAAAAUUUUGGGAAAAUUGUACCUGCAGAAUAUGAUGGAUGAAAACAAGAGUCAGGCGCAGUGGCUCACGCCUAUAAUCCCAGCACUUUGGGAGGCUGAGACAGGUGCAUCACCUGAGGUCAGGACUUCCAGACCAGCCUGUCCGACAUGGUGAAACUCCGUCUCUACUAAAAAUACAAAAAAUUAGCCAGACGUGUUGGUGUGUGCCUGUAGUCCCAGCUACUUGGGAGGGUGAGGCAGGAGAAUUUCUUGAACCUGGGAGGCAGAGGUUGCAGUGAGCCGAGAUGGUGCCAUUGCACCACAGCCUGGCGACAAGAACGAAACUCCCUCCGUCUCAAGAAAAAACAAACAAACAAAAAAACAGUCUGUGAACUACUCACUGAAUGAAUUUUGUUCUGUGAGAUGAGAGGUUUUCAUUUUCAUUUUCUAUUUACAGCCCCAGUCCUAAUCUCCUACCCAUCCACCUACCCAGAUAUUUUUUCUCUAUCUGGGUUGGAAAGGUGCCAGGCUUUUAGAGGGCAGUUUUACUUCUGACUUUUUUUUUUCCCCUGAGAUGGAGCCUUGUUCGUCACCCAGGCUGUAGUGCCGUGGCGCGAUCUCGGUUCACUGCAGCCUCCGCCUCCUGGGUUCAAGCAAUUCUCCUGCCUCAGCCUCCGGAGUAGCUGGGAUUACAGGUGCCCACCACCAUGCCUGGCUAAUUUUUGUGAUUUAGUAGAGAUGGUGUUUCACCAUGUUGGCCAGGCUGGUCUCAAACUCCUGACCUCGUGAUCUACCCACCUCGGCCUCCCAAAGUGCUGAGAUUACAGGCACAAGCCACCGCGCCCAGUCGUACUUCUGACUUUUCUUCAGCAUCUGUUGUAUGCUAUUAUUUUGAUGUUUACAUUUAUAAUUUUCUUUUCUUUCUUUUUUUUUUUGAGACGGAGUCUCGCUCUGUCGCCCAGGCUGGAGUGCAGUGGCGCGAUCUCAGCUCACUGCCAGCUCCGCCUCCCGGGUUCACACCAUUCUCCUGCCUCAGCCUCUUGAGUAGUGGGGACUACAGGCGCCCGCCACUACGCCCGGCUAAUUUUUUGUAUUUUUUAGUAGAGACGGGGUUUCACCAUGUUAGCCAGAAUGGUCUCGAUCUCCUGACCUCGUGAUCCACCCGCCUCAGCCUCCCAGAGUGCUGGGAUUAUAGGCGUGAGCCACUGCGCCCGGCCUACAUUUAUAAUUUUCAUUCUCCUUUACUGUACCUAUAAAAUUUAGUAUAUUAGUUUCAUUACAUAGGAGAAAUUAUAUUUCUAAACAUUUUAUGAUGUUUAAAAACAAAACACCCUGUUGUAAAAAAAAAAAAAAAUAGCUUCUGAAUAUACUUUAGGUAUCAGAAAGCCAAGAAUAAAAUUUAGCUCUAAUGGUGGCGACUCCAUGUCCGGUGUCCAGAUUUGGAUAGGGUUUAUGACAUUUCCGUUUCUCUAAUAAUGAUUAAUGAUUCCUCAGGAGAUUCGUGAUGUUGUAUGGUCUAUCUGGAAAUUUAAAGACAGUAGGAGCUUUGCCUCAUCGUGAGUGAUGCUGUGCUGUAUUUUUACAAACUCCCGCAUACAGCACCUUCCUGGGGCCAUGUUGGCUUGUGCAGUGGAGCUUGUCCAGGCACCAGCAUGGAGCAAGUGCAGGGUUACUGUGUUGGGUUGGAGCACGCUGUCACCACAGUGUCUGAAGUCUUAUAAACAGGAAGAUCAUUUUCUGUUUUCCUUCUAACCAGGGUGAGAAAAUACAAAGUAAAGAACUAAAGAGUAUUAAAACCUAGCAUUUAUGUUCCACAGUGUGUAUUUUAGAAAUUUGUAUAGUAGUGUAUAAUAUCUGAAAAGAGAAUCAAGUAUACAGUUGUACAUAUUUUUAAAGAACUUUGAAAAACUCCAUCAUAUCUUUUACCAUUUGUCUAUUUGAUAGUAAUGCAGAAAAAGAAGUCCCUAAAGACCCCAUGUUCCAAAAUUUACCAAGAUUGCCAUUUCUAUUAGACAUCCUUAACCUGAUAUAAGUGUUUUAAUUAGAUUAUUAGACUAUAAUAAGGAUGAAAUUGCUGUUUGUAAUUUUGUUGAGGUUUUAUUGUUAAUAUAAUAAAAGCUCAACUGUACAAAAUUAAGCUAAAUGUUAUCCAGUCAGAAACAUCAGCCUGUGGCCAGGUGCGGUGGCUCAUGCCUGUAAUCCCAGCACUUUGGGAGGCCAAGGUGGGUGGAUCACCUGAGGUCAGGAGUUCAAGACCAGCCUGGCUAAUAUGGUGAAACCCCAUCUCUAUUAAAAAUGCAGUAUUAACCAGGCAUGGUGGCAGGAGCCUGUGAUCCCAGCUACUCGGGAGGCUGAGGCAGGAGAAUCACGUGAACCUAGGAGGUGGAGGUUGCAGUAAGCCGAGAUUGUGCCACUGCACUCCAGCCUGGGCCACAGAGUGAGACUCCAUCUCAAAAAAAAAGAAAAGAAACAUCAGCCUGUAUAUUCCAGUAGUUCUCACAGAAGAACGAAAAUCUGUGUUGUGCAAAUAGAUCAGUAGUGAGUGAUUGUUAAGUGAAAGAUGAGCUAGGUUAAAGAAAAUAUACAUUUUAUUGAUGAGCCACUUUGCUAUCUCUCCUUCCUUCCUUCCUUCCUUCCUUCCUUCCUUCCUUCCUUCCUUCCUUCCUUCCUUUUCUCUUUUCUUUUCUUUUCUCCUUCCUUUCUUCCUUCCGUCCCCUCCCCUCCUUUCCCUUCGCCUCCCCUCCCCGAGGCUGGAGUACAGAGGCACGAUCCUGGCUUACUGCAAACUCUGCCUACCAGGUUCAAGCAAUUCUCCUGCCUCAUCCUCCCUAGUAGCUGGGAUUACAGGUAUCUGCCACCACGCCCAGCUAAUUUCUGGAUUUUUACAAAAUACAAAGAGACGGGGUUUCACCGUGUUGUCCAGGCUGGUCUCCAACUCCUGACCUCAGAUGAUCCGCCCACCUUGGCCUCCCAAAGUGCUGGGAUUACAGGCAUGCAUUACUGCGCCAGCCUCCUAUCUCCUUUUCGAAAGUAGCAGUUUGGUUUAUUCUUGUUUGCUAAGUAAUCGUUUGAAAUAUUUUUCAGCCUCUCUUGCUCCCUCACAAAAAUUCACCUGUUGUUUUAAUGAUAACAGCAUGUUAAAAACUUGGAAGUCUUUAUCCCAAUGUAAGAAUUAUCUUGAAACAAAAAUCUAAAUUACUUCUAAAAAUUCUCUUAACUCUGCAUUUAGUCUCCUAUUAUCUAGAUCUCUGACUCCAGGAUAACUCCAGUUAUCCCCAGUUGGAUCGUGUGUGAUUUAUCUGAAAAAGCAUCCACAACCCACAGCUAGUGGAAACCAAGCUAGUUUACAGCCACAUGGAUAAGAACAUCUUUGUUUCUAAAGUGAGAGGAAAGUGCUUGGUGUCUUGCUUUUUGCUGAGGGCAAAAUAGCAACAUGAAGACAAAGUGCUUUUUGUUGUCUAUUCAUGAAACUGUAGGAGAAUAUUUUGAGUUUUUAUUCUUAUAUUAUGAAGGGAUUCUUUGCCUAGCAGUGGCCGUCAAACUGAUCUAGCAUUGUACUUCUUAACAGUGAAGCCUGUGUGAUACCAUACAGUAGGAUGAAAGACUAUUCUGAGCAAAAUAAAAUGGGAUGUCAGAAUCUUUGAAAAUUAUUUUAUCUUUUUUUCUAUUUUUUCAUUUUUAUAAAUUAGAAGGAUUUUCCAUUCAAUAAGGAUAAUCUGUCUUCCUAUAAUUCUGUCAAAAUGGCAGUUUCUUUUGGUAAUUAUCCAACCUAGUUUCAUUACAUUUAGAAGGAGGUUUCAGAGCUUAUUCUUGAUAACUAUGAUAGUGAUUUGAAUGUUUUAUAUCAUGAAGUUUUUUCUGUGAAGAAGGCUAUUCUCAAUGUAUCUGUCAUCUAAUUUUUUAUUUUCUAUCUAUAAAGAAUAUUUAAAUAAUAAUUGGUGUAGAUUCCUUUUGUUGAAAAUGUUUUAUUGUCUAGUUUUAGCACAGAAGUCGUCUAAAGUUUUGCAGCAAAUGCUGUUCAGUUCCCAGAAGACUAAAAAACAUAACAUAAUAUGCUGCUAACAGAGCUAAUUUCCACCCAAUCCCUCAAAUUACCGAAGUAUUAAUAUUUAGCUUCCUUUCUAGAAAACAAGGGGCAGCACAAAUGGGGUGGCAUCCAUCUCUUUUAAAUCACUGAUGAUUUUCUGGGGAAGUGUGUAUAGAUGAUUGUAUUUUUUAAAUAGCCUUUUAUCAAACCAAUUCACAUGUAUUAUCUUUAUGACUAUAGAAACUUACAAAACAUAUUUAAUUAAUGUUGACUUAAAACAUGAGCAUCCUUGGAUUCUCCACAUUGCACUGAAAUGAUAGAGAAAGAGACAUUCGUUUGAGAAACAAGAGACCUGAACCUAAUUAUGGCAAGUAUAUGAGUUUUGGUGAUUGUGGGGGGUUAUAAAUGUUUUCCUGUGAUAGAUAAAUAUAUAGAUAUAGAUCAGGAAUUACUUGAUGUCUCUUCAGAAGUUUUCUGUUUUCUUAUAAUUUCCAGUAAUACUCUGUAAGACUCGGUUUGCAUGCUGUGUGUGUUUGCAUGAGUAUAGAAACCUAAAAAUGUAAUGGAAGGCUAUUAAGGCAAAUUCAUUCCUAGAAAGUGCAGUGGAUCAUUGGGAUAAGAAAUAGCCUAAUUAUAAACAAAUAUGCAGGCAGAGGGAAGUCCUAAUACAAUGAAAAUUUGCAUUAUCUAAACAGAUGUUCCCAAAGCAAUAGUUUGCCUAAAAUCCUCUGUAUUACAUGAUUAUUCAGUAAAAGAGUAAACAAAUAUCUAAUUUAUUUUCUAAUUGUCCUUCCCUUCAUUGAGUAUUAACUGGGCGCAUAAUGUAGUUGUAUAUGUUUAUUAGUAAAGGGAAAAACACUUAUUUUCAUUUUGAGACUGUUUGGCUAAAGCUGAGAAAGUGAUUUUAGGUCGCCAAGGAUACUAUGAUUUGAUGAGACGAGAAGAAAUCUGCGGUGGCUGAAGAUCAUGACCAACUUGGUGUUAUUUAGAUCUGCCUUAUCUAGUUUGCAAGCCAUAGGCUCAAUUUUAUGUCCCUCUUAUUUACACACAGUAGCCCCACACAGUUUUGUUUUAAAUGAAGGCAAAAGUAGACAUUUUUAAAGUAUAUUCAACAUUGCGCCAUUAUGUACCUGAUAAAGGUGAAAUCAGAGGUGUCCACGGCCUCAAAGUUUGGGCCCAUGGGACUAUCAAAUCCGAAUUAUAUCUACUUAGAGCUUAGAGGAGGAAUUAGGUAUCAUGAGAAAAGCAGCUCCUACUUGAGAGAAAGAGGACUACCAAAGCAUGUUGAGGCUUUAACGUGGGAGACUUCCAGGUAGGCAUUACCACUCGAGUGGUAACUAACUUUAUGAAGGAAAAUAAUUACUUUAGCAGUUAUGUUGUAAAAUUAAUAAAAAGGACUUGUGUUUAUUCUGGUGUAUUUGUCAACCCAUGGGUAGUGAUUACUCCAUGUACAUUCUAUAGUGUGUUUAUUUUAUUUAGUGUCUUAAUAUAUAGUCUUUAUAUAGUAUCUUAAUAUUAUUUACUGUUACUUCUAGUCAUUUAUGUAGUAUAUUUUACUGCAAAAUUUGUAGCACUUUACUAAUAUUAGAUCAUUAUUUUCCCUCUUCCCCUCUACCUUUCUGGCAUUUUCUGUUAUAGUCAGGAAUCUAAAGGUCUGAGUCUAGAAAUCUGUUGGAAGCUGGGUUGGAGCUACUGGGUAUGAGUUACUUUUUACAUGUCUCCUUAAGAAGACUCUUUUAUAAUGUAAUACUUAGAAGCCAGAUCCUUUCAAACGCAAACACCCUUGAAACUUGAUGCUUUCUGAAGUUGUAUUCAUAAAAAUUAUCCCAUCUUACAGUUAAUCAGAAGAUGUUCUUGCCUUUGGUUUGCCUGCCUCCUGAAACACAAACCUGCAGAUUGCCCCUAACUUCAGCAGUGCCUCCGUCACUGCAUGUACCUAAAAGACAGGAAAGCCGAGUUCCGGGAGCUGUCAAGUCAGAGGAUCAGGAAAAUGGUGGGGAAGAGGUGACUGAAAAGGCAGGCACUAAAGAUGGCAGGCUGCAAAAGCAUUCUGAGUUCCCCUGUAACAGAUAGAUUUUCUGAACUUGGCUGUUUUCUUUUUUCUUUUUUUUUCUUUUGAGAUGGAGUCUCACUCUCUUGCCCAGGCUGGAGUGCAGUGGCACAAUCUUGGCUCACUGCAGCCUCCACCUCCCAGUUUCAAGUGAUUCUUCCACCUCAGCCUCCCGAGUAGCUAGGAUUACAGGUGCCCACCACCACGCCCAACUAAUUUUUGUAUUUUUAGUAAAGAGAGGGUUUCGCCAUAUCGGCUAGGCUGGUUUUGAACUCCUGACCUAAGGUAAUCCAUCCGCCUCAGCCUCCCAAAGUGCUGGGAUUAUAGGCGUGAGCUACCAUACCCAGUGAACUUGGCCAAAUUCUUACAUUCAUAUAUAGCAAAGUUUUCAGCUUGUCUACCGAGAGACUUUCUUUAGGAGCCAGGACUUCUACAUUUAUAACUUGAGUAUAUUAAUAUUCAAAUCAUAGUUCAAAAAUACUGAAAUACUUGUUUAUUACAUUACGUAAAUAUGGACACAAUUACUGCCAAAGAAUAGAGAGAUUUGCUUAUGAGAACAUUCUGGCAUUUGUUUUGUUCUGUUUGUAGAUGAGAGACGUGCUUUUAAAGUACAAAACGUUUCUCUUCUACCUUACCCCCUGUUCUACUGACAUGCUUUGCAUAAGAAGCUCAUCUAGAAGAGAGCAACGCUGGAAUAGAGAAGUCUAGACCCUGGCCUUUGAGGGAAAGGACUGCUGUUUUUCUUUCCCAAAUUAAAAAACUAAAAGUGAAACAUAACACAUAAGGAUGAAAUACAAUGUUCUGAAUGUCUUCCACUAAUUAAUUGUUGAAUGAUUAAGUCUCUAAGUAUCUUAACUUCCAUUGUCUUCUUGUUAACCUAGACAAGAGUAGAUUAUUCAGUAACCAUAUGUGACAGUUAAAAUUAAGUAAAAUUAAAACUAUAGUUUGUCAGUGGCCUAGCCACAUUUCAAGUGUUCCACAGUCACAUGUGGAUAGUGGUUACCUAUCAGACAGUACAAGUAUAGAACAUUUCCAGUAUUGCCGAAAAUGCUAUUCAACAGCACUUUUAUUGCCCAGAGAGAAAAUAAGGACAAAAUAAAGGCAGUGAAGUAACUUAUGACAACUCUGAGAUUUUACCACCAUACUUAGAGAAAGUUUUUCUCUUAUAAAAAUUAAUACCAAUCCUUUUUAAAGACCUUGGAAAAAAUCAAAACCCCAUUCCUUUAAGCUAGUCUUCAGUAUAUAUUUUUCUAAGAACAGAUUCUCAAUACCUUAUUUUUCAAGUGAUAAAAUCAUUUUAUAAAUCAUUUCUUAAUAUCUUCAGUGUUUUUUCCCUUUUUAUGUACUCUUUUUAAAUUGAUAUUAGCUGGGCAUGGUAGCUCAUGCCUAUAGUCCCAGCUACUCCAGAGGUCGAGGCAGGAGGAUCGCUUAAGCCCAGGAGGUUCAGGCUGCAGUACAGUCUGAUCACACCUGACUGCACUCCAGCCUGGGUGGCAAAGCAAGACCCCUGUCUCUAAAAAAAUAUAUAAUAUAAAUUGAUGUUAUAUAGUUAACAUUUAUCAGGCAAAUUGAUAUGAAUGCUUAUUUCAAAUAAAGAUUGAUACAUUUCAUGAUAUCCUUCCUUUUAAAUUUAUAUAGAUCUAAUGAACAUUGCCAACAGUUUUUUUUUUGUUUCUGUCCCUUAAACAUUUCCCCUGAAAGUCCACCUUAAAGGUACAUCAAGAUGCAAACAAUUUUUUUGUUUAUCUUCAUAACUUCCUGCUCUUAUUAACUUGUAUUAUGAAUCAAGUUAAGUUUUAUGUAUGAGGCAUUUACUAUUCCAGUGACUUAGCUAAUGAAAACAUUUAAAAUAUGUAUUAAUUUACUUGGCCUGUUACUAAAGUGCUUAACAUAACUAAAUGGAUCUAUAGUAACAUGUCUAAAUUUUUUAAUGGAAAUAAGGGACUAACCUAAUCCUUUUGAGUCAGCUUGGUGCUUAGAAUUAUUUUGUUAGGAAGUCUUGAUGCUUUCUUCUUUCUCUUUUAAGUUUUUGUAAUCAAGCAACAGACUUGAUCCAGCAGUGUCGAAUUCCAAGCAAGUUAUGAUGAAAUUCUUAUUGUAGUUCAAGUACAGAUGAGUAAGUGGUGUGACUUCAGUUUAUUAUCUUCUUGGUGACCUACUUUAUUAUGUGUUCUGUAGUGAUUCAUAUUAGUUAAGGGACGUUUUCAAUAUGCUUGAAAUAAGAAAUAGCAUUUUACUCUAAAUACAAGAAAUGACUGUACACAAAUGCCAAUCAGUGAUUUGGGGGCCUUGUAAUAUUCUUAACAGCAAUCUUUUAUUUAUUUAUUUUAUUUUUUUUUGAGACGGAGUCUUGCUCUGUCACCAGGCUGGAGCAGUGGCACGAUCUCGCCUCACUGCAACCUCCGCCUCCCGGGUUCAAGCUAUUCUCCUGCCUCAGCCUCCCAAGUAACUGGGACUACAGGCACACGCCCCCACACCCAGCUGAUUUUUGUAUUUUUAGUAGAGACGGGAUUUCACCUUGUUGGCCAGGAUGAUCUCCAUCUCUUGAUCUUGUGAUCUGCCCACGUUGGCCUCCCAAAGUGCUGGGAUUACAGGCAUGAGCCACUGUGCCCGGCCCAAAUCUUUUAUUUUUUAACAGCCUUAGUUAUUUAUAAUUCAAAUGCGCUAAAAUAUCAUCGCUGUCAUGAACUUUGCUGUUUACAGGUUCUGUGUAAUUCAGAAUGCUUUGUACUUAGAAAAUAAUUUCUAGGUUUAUCUUGUUUUGCAGUUUUCAGGUUUUGACAAUUGCCCACCAUUUACAACACUCAAUUUUUGAUUAUGAAAUGAAUAGAAAAAUUCAAACAUAUCUAAUAAUAAUUUGCCUUAGUUUGAUUAAUAAAUUAUAUCAAAAAAUUUGGGGAUAGAAAGAGGCUUUUUUUUCCCCUGUAGUAUUUUUAAAACUUUUUAGAUGAGCUGGAUGAAACCUUAGCACAUUGGAGCUGGAGUUGUAUUGACAGCCCCACCUCUGAAGCCUUAUAUUCAUGUCUUAAGUACUAUUGAUUGUUCUGUGAAUUGUUGUUAGUUUCAUAUUUGACAUUGUAGUAAUCCACCUUGCAUUUUAGUCUUUGCAAAAAGGAUAUUGCUAGGUAUAUUCUUAUUUCUGAUUGAAUAUUGAAUUUACAUUUUUCACAAUUUCAUUCUUUGUCAUUAUAAUCUAAAAACGAUGUCCACAUCGGACUUGGAACUUCUCACUUCAAAAAUGAAAUACAGAUUUAGCAGUGUUGUACAUAAUGAUGUCCAAGCAUUUUUCCACCUGUUUACUGAGUUUUCCAACCAUUUACUAUGUGUUGAGAUUGGUGGGUUUUCGUGCUGUUUUUCUGAGGUGAAUGACUUGUUAAAGAGCCUCAGUAAGAAAUUUCAACUAAAAUCACAAAAACAUAAAGUCCAGGAAACCACCAGAAGAUGGAUUUUUAGUGUUUUUGAAAUCUUGUAUUUCCUUUUGAUAUCACUUACUCAUUUUAAUUUUAUGACUGCCAACUUGUUAUGGUAUUAAUUAUAUGUAUGUGUUUAUAUGUAUGCAUAUAAUAUAUGUAUAUGAAGAAUAAAGUUAAGAUUUGGUCAAACUAUAUUUUCCCAUUCAAGUACAAAAAUGUUUUCAAGGCUGCAAAAAGUGUACAGUUGUUAAACAAGUUGUAAAUAAAGACUUGUAUAAAAAUUCA